GGCGUGACGGUCUAUAAUACGUCAACUUUGACAUUUGCAGCUUUUGGGGAGUUUGUCCGAUCGCACCACCAUGGCAGGCAAACGAGCACUUGUCAUAUUGUCAAAAGGCGCAGAAGAAAUGGAAACGGUUAUCCCGGUGGACGUAAUGCGCAGAGCUGGGAUUGCCGUCACCCUGGCGGGUCUUGCGGGAAAAAACCCUGUGCAGUGCAGCCGAGACGUCGUCCUCUGCCCCGAUUCCAGCCUGGAGGACGCGGUCAAGCAGGGACCUUAUGAUGUUGUUCUCUUACCUGGGGGAGCCCUGGGAGCCCAGAAUCUCUCUGAGUCGGCUGCUGUGAAGGAGGUGCUGAAGGAGCAGGAGGCCAGGAAGGGGCUGAUUGCUGCCAUCUGUGCAGGGCCCACGGCUCUCCUCGCCCACGGCAUCGGUUUUGGGAGUACGGUCACCACCCAUCCAGCGAUGAAGGACAAAAUGAUGAAUGGAGAUCACUAUACGUACUCGGAAUCCCGUGUCCAGAAGGAUGGCAACAUCAUCACCAGCCGUGGACCAGGAACCAGCUUCGAAUUUGCCCUGGCCGUCGUUGAGGAGCUUCUAGGAGCCGAGGUGGCUGCCCAGGUUAAAGCUCCAUUGGUCCUGAAAGACUGAGCUCUGCUCUGCACUGGGAUCCCUGUCGCUUCCCCCAGUGCAUCUGCAUACAAAGGGCAGCGCCCGAAAAUAGUCAGAGACUUGAUAUUAAUUCGGAUGUUAGCACUGAAUGUGUUUUGUUGCAGAGCUUUUUCAUCUUCCUGUCUUUCUCUUUGCACUUUGUUUCCUGUUAUUUUGAAAUGGUAAUUAAAUUUAAGCUGCCCAAUA